AUGUCAAAACUUUCCUCACCUCCAUUCUCAUCUCAUCCCUUGCCCAUUUCUUUCAAUAUCUCAUCGUUGUUCCCAGUUCCUAUGGAUCGCACCAACUACUUGAGUUGGAAAUCCCAAUUUGAAGAUGUAUUGGAGAUGCACGGCCUUGCAACAGUCGUCAAGAACAACACAAACCCACCCAAAGUGCAAGAAGAUGGAUCUGUGCACCCAGAGUUAGCUAAGGAUAAACUGACACUUCUCAUCCCUUGUACCACUGCUCAUCAGGCCUGGACCAUGCUGGCCAAGCGCCUCUCACCUCUUGCUAGUACUCGUGUAUGGAUUCUUCGAGACCAAAUUCGCACUCUCAGAAAGGACACCAACACAACAGUUACUGAUUAUCUCAAUUAUGCCAAAUCACUCUUUGAUUCCCUCACACAAGCUGGUGCAACAAUGGACGAUGAUGAACUCAUAAGUUAUGUUCUGGAUGGUCUUGGUCUUGAAUACAAAGAGUUAGCCACAACACUUCACUUGCAUCCAGAUAUUGAUUUCGAUAAAUUCUAUGAUCUAGCUUUAAGGGAAGAACAUUUACAGAAAAGAAUGUCUCUCACCGCUGCUUCAGGGGUUGCUAUGGCUGCUGAUUGGAGGUCCACUGAGCGCAACUCUAGUCCAAACUCCACUGGUCACAAUCCAACUCAUUCCUACGGUUCUGGGAGAGGACGCGGGCGUGGCAGAAACUGGAAUCAAGGGCACAAUGGACAUCGCCGUACUCAAUCUCACGACCAGCAACAUGCUUCCGUUGUUCCUUCUUUUGCAACUCUUACUGAUGGACGCCCUCCACUUCUUCCAACGCCACAUGGAAAUUCCCCAAAUACCCAACGGGCUGAUGUCAUAUGUUUUAGAUGUGAUAAGCCAGGCCACAUAGCUCGUUUCUGCCCAGAUCGAAGACCUCAUGCAUACAUGGCAACAAAUACCUCAACUCCAUCUCAAUCUACUUAUGAUGUGGCGAAUCUCAAUUGGUGCUUUGAUUCUGGUGCUACCCACCACAUGACAGCGGACCCAACUUCUCUACCACAUGCCCAACCUUACACAGGACAACAAGACGGGGACGGUACUCCUUACUGGCAGUAG